UUAUGCGGUUGUAUCGCGGCUAUCUCCUGAGCGCGUUACCACCGCCGCAGCAGGAGGAUUUAUUAUAAGCGCCGCAAUAAAUUGGGAACAUUUUUGUCGUGUUCAAGCUAAAAAGCGUAACGUACUGUUUACCAUGUUUGAAGUAUGUUGCCGUUUAUGCUUGGAGCAAACGCAUAUCAACAAGAUGUAUUCACUAUAUAGCAAACACAAAUUAUACACAAUUCGUGAUAAAAUUUACCAAUUGUUUCAAAUUGAGUUUUCAGAUACUGAAAAGCUGUCUGCGGUUUGCGUUCAAUGUCUGGAGAGAAUUGAUGUCGUGGACGACAUUCGUAAUCUUUUUAUAGAAUCUGAUAAAAAACUUCGAAGUAUUUUGUAUAGCGAUUCGAAUGAAGCGGUAAACUGUACAAAAAUAACUUUACCGCCUUCAAAAAAUAAAGAGGUGGCUUGCUUUAAAAACGAAGAAUAUGACACAGUGGAUUGCGAAACCGGAGCAUUGCAACAAACUUCAAUUUCCGAUUUAGUUGAUAACCAGUGUGUUGCGCAGUCUUCAAACUCAAAAGACUCGGACAUUGAGGAAAAUUCAGUUCUCGAAAUUUUGGAUGACGAACCUGAAUAUCUGUCAGAUACAGAAGUUUCUGUAUACGACGAAGAAUUAGUACCUGAAGAAAUCAUCUCUGAAGAAGAGUUAAAUGAGAUUAACAAUGCGCAAUACGUUGUAAUUUAUACGUCUGAGCAAAGCAGUGAUACCGUACUGGAAAACACCGAAACAAAAAUUGCUACGGAUUGUACAUACGGAUUAUUAGAAGUCAACAACCAGACAUCUUUGACAAAUGAUGAAUGCGAUCAAAAUAAUAUUAGAUUCUCCUGCAAUGUAUGCAAUGAAGUGUUUGUGAACAGAAUGUUACUCGCUACGCAUACCAAAACUGUUCACUUAACAGAGUAUCCAGAUGAUUGCAAGCAGUGUUUAAUGGUGUUUAAAUCAAACUGCGAUUUAAAAACCCACGAUUGUAAUGAAAAGUCUUGCAUAAAAUGUCCAGAAUGUACCCAAAAUUUUCAGAAUUUGAAAACUCUCCAUCUUCAUAUUCGUAAUGCUCACACAAAACGGACAUAUUCUAACCUAUGUCAAUCUCGAAAAGUUAUUUUAUAUAAAUGUGAUUUUUGUACGGAGAUCCUGCCAACCUCACUUAAGCUUAUAGAACAUGGAAAGCUUUUGCAUCCCAAUGAAUUCAUACUUCAUUCAUGCAAUAGAUGCGAUCAAUGCUUUGGAAAUAAACAAUCAUUUCGUUCACAUUUGUUGGCUCACGACAAAAACUACGAAUGCAGACAUUGUGGUAAGUUAUGUCCGACAGCGGUAUCCCUCGCUGGGCAUGAAAAUACCCACACACGCGACCAACCAUUUCAAUGUUCACAGUGUGAUCGUAAUUUCGCGCAAUAUACCAGCAUGCGUAGGCACAUGAAAAUUCAUUUCAACGAAAAAGCUUAUCAGUGUGACUUUUGUCCAAAGCGGUUUAGACAACGAUCCGUUAUGCUAACUCACCGGCGAAUACACACAGGCGAAAAACCAUUUAACUGCGAAGUAUGUAGUAAAUCGUUCCGCGAUCAUAGCACUUUAGCCAAACACAAAAAAAUUCACACUAAAGCAAAUCAAAAUAAGAAAAGCUGA